AACGACUUGUCUCACCAAACUGCCUAUAAAAACUUGAUCUCAAUACAAGUGCAGUACAGCGGCAAGAUUUGUAACCAAAACGGGACUUUCUAUUUGCGGUAAUUCAUAGCUGACGGAGUUAUUGAAAGAUGGACUUCUUAAGGGCAGUUGUAAUUCUGUUGGUUAUGCCCAUUUUGACCACUGCUUUAGUCGUAAAGACAGCACCACCUCAAUCUACAACGACUGGACAAACAGCAAGUUCAACACCUCCCCCGUUUACAACAGCACAACCAGAUUUUCCUUGCAAUACGGGUGUUUCCAUUCCCUGGAAUGAUGGUUACCAAUGCAUUUGUCCGCCCAACAAACGAGGCGAAAACUGCAGUGAAGAUGUUCCAAAUAAUGAUAAUUGCACAUGGCCUGGAAAUGAUAACGCAUGUUCCUCAUCACCCUGUCAUGGGGAAGGCGCCUUGUGUAUCAACACAUUUGGCGGAGAUUACAAAUGCUUAUGCCCACCAGGGACUAACGGUCGCCGUUGUGGUCGAGGGGAAACAUGCUUUCCUUGCUCAAGUAAAAGGUGGAGGAAUGUCACGUGUCCUGUGUUCGAAAAAAAGCCAUUCUUGGCAUCGAUGUCUAUUGAAGACGUAACACUCAAGACCCAGUUAUCAAGGACAAAAUGCAUAAAGAAUGAUCAAUGGGGUUUUGAUUAUGAGACAGGGACCAUGUGGGUAGCUAAAGGUUGCAGAGCCGAGUUUUGUGUACACUUUAAAGAAUUGGAAUCAACAACUACACCAGGUUCAACAAGUCCAUCAAAUCCACCAGGAACAUCAGCUACUCCGGCAACAUCAGCUGCACCAGGAACAUCAGCUGCACCGAGUACACCAGCUGCACCAGUAACAACAGCUGCACCAGGAACAUCAGCGGCACCGAGUACAUCAGCUGCACCAGUUACAUCAGCUGCACCAGUAACAUCAGCUGCACCAGUUACAUCAGCUGCACCAGUAACAUCAGCUGUACCAGUAACAUCAGCUGCACCAGUUACAUCAGUUUCACCAGGAACAUCAGCUGCACCAGUUACAUCAGCUGUACCAGUAACAUCAGCUGCACCAGUAACAUCAGCUGCACCAGUUACAUCAGCUGCACCAGUAACAUCAGCUGCACCAGGAACAUCAGCUACACCGAGUACAUCGACAACACCAGCAGAGUGUGAGGACAAAGAUCGCCAAUGCUCUGGUUGGGGAAGCUUUUGUUUAACCAAUGACUUUGUUAGAACAAAUUGCCUUAAAACCUGCAACACCUGCCCUGGAACAUCAGCCACUCCGGCAACAUCAGCUGCACCAGGAACAUCAGCGGCACCGAGUACAUCAGCUGCACCAGUUACAUCAGCUGCACCAGGAACAUCAACUGCACCGAGUACACCAGCUGCACCAGUAACAUCAGCUGCACCAGUUACAUCAGCUGCACCAGUUACAUCAGCUGUACCAGUAACAUCAGCUGCACCAGUAACAUCAGCUGCACCAGUUACAUCAGCUGCACCAGGAACUUCAGCUACACCGAGUACACCGACAACACCAGCAGAGUGUGAGGACAAAGAUCGCCAAUGCUCUGGUUGGGGAAGCUUUUGUUUGACCAAUGACUUUGUUAGAACAAAUUGCCUUAAAACCUGCAACACCUGUCCUGG